ACAAGCAUUCAACGUAAUAGUAGCGGUACAUUAUAAUUUUUUUUUUUUUUUUGCCUCGUUAUUAUUCAUGAGCGUCGCCGCCGCCGCAUGGUUUACAUUAUCUUUCGCAGUAGUUUUUUUUUUUUUUGCCGUUUUUUACCAUGUUCUUUCGUUAUGUUAAUUUAUGGUAUGCGUGUUCAAAUAUUUCCGCUCGUUGUUUACCGUUGCGCGGUCGGAGCGAUACACGUAACGCGUCUAACCCAACGCGUUUUUAUACGACGGCAACCGAACAGCGGUGUCCAACGUAUUUUUGGUGGGUCGCGAUAGUCACGCUCUCGUGCUCGAACCGCGGCCGACAGUACAAAACGUGUGACCAUCGGCGGUUUUGCUUUCAAUCCCGCGACUGAUCUCGUCGUCGUCAUAAAUCCUGAUUAAAAUACCGAUGCACAACCGAUUCUCGUAUACAUAGGUUUGCUCGUGUUUUCCGUUCCGACUUCACGCAAGAUAACCUUUACGAUUACGUAACCUUACCGUUCCAACAGACACUGUACAUUAUAAUAUUGUUCAUGCGCUAUGUCCGUUACGGGUUCAAAUCGGGUCGCGCGCCCAUGCGGUCACGAUAGCGAACAAAUGGUUAUAGCUGGUUACACGUUUUGGGACGUUGCGUUAUUACCGAAAACCAGUAAUGUACCGACACUUUUCUUUCGAUACAAGUAGUUACUUUUGGUUUCGAUACUUUACUCGUAUUGAAUCGGUUCAUGAGUAGUCAUGCCUCAUAUCUACGUGUUCGCAUACCUACGAAUGGUAUAAAAUAUAUUUUUUCAACGUACAAUUUUAAGUAAACAUAAAGAAAGAGAUGAUAAUGUGUGAAUAGUUCUACAUUGUUACCUAAACUAUUCAACAAGUACAGUUUCAAUUUAUAUAAUGGCUCAACAACAGAAAGACUUAACUGUUAAUUAUAAGACAUUGCCCAAGUUUUCUGUUGUCGAUUUCGAGUUUGCCUUGUAUGAUGAUUUACUAUAUUUAAUAUCCGGUGCAAUUUCCCACAGUGAUUCUGUGGAGAAUGAUGUGACGAAAUUCGAAGGGAUACCGAUUCGAAUAGAUAAAGAUGGAAAGACAAUGAAUAUGACACGCCGAGAGCAAAGUAAAGUCUUAAGUUUUUUUAGAAGAAUUUUAGCCCCCAAAAAAUUGGCUCAGUUUAAAGCGUUUAAAAUGGAGAUGGAUAAUGGCUUUAAAUUGUGCUACACAAAUUUAACUAGAAAUAUAAUUGCGAACCACUUUAAUUUCGAAAAUAGAAAUAAUAUUAUAUUGGUAUGGAACGGGUCUACAGAUGUAAUUAUUCUAGAAAGAUUACGUAUUUGGAAUGCUGUAGUCAAUUUAGAAGCUUAUGAUGUUUAUAAUAAUGGUGAUUUCUUUUUAAGACUAACUUUCCUUCGAACCAAACAACUCAUAGCCCAAGUUCCCUUAGGAAAAUUUUAUAAAAAUGGCAGGUUAUUGUCACUAACUGAAGCCCAUGAUAUCAUUUGUUGGGAUUCACAUGAGAUUACCUAUCUACACGAUCCAAGGGUAGAUGUUAUUCUAACAAAGUGUUUAUUUAAUUAUUUGGUAAAUGAAGAAACUUUUGAAAAAAUACUAAAAAGGACUUUGGUGUUAGCAGAAAGUUCGUAGUUACAAAUAAGAAAUAUAUUUUUUCCUUCCUAAAUAACU